AAACUUGAACGAGGAAAUCCAAAUGCUACGAUGGUGGAUGCCAAAGCACACGAAAACAUUCCCAAAAAUCGAUAUCGUGAUAUAUCACCCUACCUACCAAUCACCUUUGGUUUUGAUUGGUUGAUUAUUGUCGUGCAAUCCAAUGUUUCUAAUAACUCUUUUCAGCUGAAAAUCCCAAAAUGGAGUCUGCAAAAGGAAUACAUUGCAUCUCAGGGUCCGCUUCCAUCAACUUGUGCGGAUUUCUGGCAGAUGUGUUGGGAACAGGAGAGCGAACUUAUUGUCAUGCUCACCUCAGUUCGUGAACAAGGGAGGGUGAAAUGUCAUAAAUAUUGGCCAGACCUAAAUCAGACUUCCGAGUUCACCUGGACUCAUGCAAAAUCCAGCAAACUUACCUCAUCAGUGAAAUGCAUCCAGCUACGAAUUUCUAAUAUUAAAGAGGAAGUGACAGCCGAUAUAGCUUACCGUGAAUUCCAGCUUCAGCGGGUUGUUACAACAACCAAGGAUAUGCUCAAUUCAACCGGUCCAACUAGACAUCGUAUAAUUAACUUCUCUCACGACAAAGGCCCUGCGAUAUUGAAUGGCUCUGAUGUUCGGCGAAUAGUCCAGCUACAAUACAUUAGUUGGCCUGAUCAUGGCGUUCCUAACAACUGCAGUGAUUUGAUUGCAUUUGUUGAGCGAAUGCGCAGUCUGCGAGAACAGAGCGACUCACCAUGUACUAUUGUCCACUGUUCAGCUGGAAUUGGACGAACUGGAGUUGUCAUCCUCUUAGAUACCGCUAUGGAUAUGAUCCGAGCUCACAUACCUGUGCGGCCAAUUGAAAUUGUUCGCCAAAUGCGGGAAUAUCGUGAAAUGCUCAUUCAAACUCCCGCUCAAUUCCAAUUCGUAUCCAAUGCGAUUGUACAAUACUAUUACGGUCAGAAUGCAUUCUUCUAUGUUGCUACUAAAUAA